AGAAAUAAAACAAGCAAGGGAUCCAUUUCAAAGGAAUAUCCCGCCUACUACUACUACUAUUACUACUACUAAGAUGGACAUCUGAUGCGUAAUCUCGUACAUGUUACACAUUGGUGGUGAUGCUAUUUUCAAAAGGCCAAUAGACGAGUAAAGCUCCAAACUGGAAGAGAAGAAGGAAACAGUGGUUCACGGCCCCAGUAUGGCUAGUGGUAUGAUAAUUGCUGGGCUUGGCCUAGCAACUAUUGGAUUUGGGGCUCGUUUCGUUCUUCGCACCAUGCCAACCUUAGGGAAAAAAAUGGCUGAUGCUGUUGGUUCUAUGCCAAAACUAGAUGGGAAGAGCCUAGCUAAUAGCAAGUAUUACAAAGGUGGAUUUGAACCCAAAAUGACGAAAAGAGAAGCAGCUCUUAUACUCAGUGUAUCUCCAAGUGCUAAUUCUCAAAAAGUUCGGGCUGCAUAUAAAAAGAUGAUGUUAGUCAACCAUCCAGAUAGAGGAGGUUCUCCAUACAUUUCUGCCAAACUGAGUGAAGCUAAGGAUAUAUUAGACAAAUAAUUUGAGUCUUAUGGGUGGUGUAGUAAUAAAUCAUGGUUACUUUUGUAAAUUUUUAGUAUUUUAUGUUGAUUAAUGUAUGAUAUUUGGUAAAUAAACAAUUAUAUAGUA